AUGUUCAUCCCGCGUUCCGUUGAGAGAAAACCGACAACAACAAAGAGUCGCACAAGAACUCACAAGACGAGCGAACAAUCACUACUUCUACUCGCGAAAGAGUCAAAGAAAAAGAAAAACAGCGCGAACGACGAACAAAACGACGAAGUCGUGAGAUACUCGAAAAAUCAAAGAUGGCCGGCACCUGAUGAGCCUUCUUGUGUUGUUUGCGGCAAGUAUGGCGCGUAUAUAUGCGAUAAAACGGACCAGGAUGUUUGUAGCUUGGAGUGCAAAGAGAAACACGUUGAAAAUCAAAAUUUCAAUUUGAGUGUUUCGAUUGUGAGUGAAAGUGUUGAGGAGUGUGAAGGUCGAGAUGCUUGUGGAGACGGAACGACGACUUGGGGGGAUGAUACGGGAGUUGGGAGGGAAGGAGAGGGAUGUGAGGCUGGUGGAUGUGGUGGAGAUGGGUUGGUGGUUUCGUAUUUGUACAGAGAACAUGAUGAAGUCGGAUGUAGGAGUGAAGAGGAGAUUGAGAGACUGAGAAAAGCUGUGUGUUUGUUUGUUUGUGUGUUUAUUUGUGUUUGUGUGUUUGUUUGUUUGUGUCACUGUUGUUGUGUGUGUGUCUGUGUGUCUGUGUGUUUGUUUGCUUGUUUAUGUUUGUGUGUUUAUUUGUUUGUGUUUGUUUGUAUACUAUGUAUUUGUGUGUUUGUUUGUUUGUGUUUGUAUGUGUUUAUUUGUUUGUGUCACUGUUUGUGUGUUUUGUUUGUGUGUGUCUGUCUGUCUGUGUUUGUUUGCUUGUUUGUGUUUGUGUGUUUGUUUGUAUUUGUUUGUAUACUAUGUAGUUGUGUGUGUUUGUUUGUGUUUGUAUGUGUUUAUGUGUUUGUGUCACUGUUUGUUUGUGUUUGUUUGUGUGUCUGUGUGUUUGUGUGUUUGUUUGUUUGUGUUUGUUUGUAUACUAUGUAUCUGUGUGUUUGUUUGUGUUUGUUUGUUUGUGUUUAUAUUUUUGUUUGUUUUUGUUUAUGUUUUUGUUUGUUUGUGUUUGUAUGUAUUUGUUUGUUUCUGUUUGUGUCUUUGUUUGUUUGUAUUUGUGUUUUUGUGUUUGUUUGUUUGUGUCACUGUGUUUGUUUGUGUGUGUUUGUUUGUGUCUGUCUGUCUCUGUGUGUUUGUUUGUUUGUGUUUGUGUGUUUGUUUGUUUAUAUACUAUGUAUUCGUGUUUGUUUGUGUUGGUUUGUAUGUUUGUAUUUGCUUGUUUGUGUCUGUCUGUGUUUGUGUUUGUGAGUUCAUUUGUUUGUGCAUUUGUUUGUAUGUUUGUUUGUUUGUGUUUGUUUGUUUGUAUGUGUUUGUGUUUGUAUGUGUUUGUUUGUUUGUGUUUGUGUAUGUUUGUGUGUGUGCAUGCAUGCAUGUGUGCUUGUUUACCCAAAUGUCUUUGUGCUAUUUUGUGUUAAUUCUUAUCAGUUAGUUUGAUUCAUAAUCUGUAUACCGGUAUUUGUAUGUCUAC